CGAAACACACAAUCCGCAUGACGGCCGCAGGAAAAGGAAGAUCGCGACAGAAGUGCUUCCUGCCCCAGACUGUUAUGCUCAUACAACCAGGAAGAUGGGCCCUCCGGCGGCAUCGCUCGUCCUUUUAGCCCUCUUUUUCGCUUGUAACGGUGUGAACAGCAGCUCUGUGCAACAGAAAAUCUACGUGGAGCUGAAGAAUACUUUUCCAUGCGUCAGACUGCUCAAUGCCACUCACCAGAUAGGCUGCCAGUCCUCUAUCUCUGGUGAUACGGGCAUCCUCCACGUUUUGGAGAGCGAGUCCGAUCUUAACUGGGUUCUAAACUCAGGACCCAACCCACCAUACUUGGUCCUGAUGAAUGCUCAGUAUUUCAACAGGAGCACCAUGAUGAGGUUCAAGGACUCCAUGCGAGUGGCGGGUGUCGUCCUCGUGAUCCCCAAGUCCAGUCCCCCGCAGGGUUUCUCCCCACAUACCUCCUGCCCGAACCAGGGCACGGGUGUAUAUUCAAAGAACUACGGUCCCGAGUUGGCCGACUGCAACACGACGGUGUGGAAUCCCUUGGGCGAAGGUCUGUCUUACGAGGACUUCAACUUCCCCGUCUUCUCGCUGCACGAGGACAACGACACCGACACCAUUCGCAAGUGCUACCAGGAUCACAACGUCGGCAUGAACAACAGCGCCCCCCAGUACCCGCUGUGCGCCAUGCAGCUCUUCUCCCACAUGCACGCUGUCAAGGACACAGUGACUUGCAUGAGGCGCACUGACAUCCAGUCCAGGUUCAGCAUCAGCCCAGAAAUUGUAUGCGACGCCCUGACUGACUACAACGCGUGGGCAUCCGUUCAGCCGCUGAACAACACGGCCAAAGGUCACUUGGAUGGGGAGAGUGUGGUCAUCGCCGCCACUCGGCUGGACAGCAGGUCUUUCUUCUGGGAUGAGGCCCCGGGGGCAGAGAGUGGUGUGGCAGGCUUCGUCACCCUGCUAGCGACGGUCCAGGCCCUGCGUGCCAUCACGGAAGCGGCACCCACCCCGCGCAACAUCCUCUUCGUCUUCUUCCAGGGGGAGGCCUUUGACUACAUUGGGAGCUCCCGCAUGGUGUAUGACAUGAAGAAUGGAAAAUUUGUUAUUGAUCUGGACAACAUCCACUCCUUGAUUGAGGUUGGACAGGUGGCAGUUCGAAGGGACUCAAAGCUGUGGCUGCACUCUGACCCUGUGUCUCGGAGGAACAACAGUAUUGAAAGUGAGGUCAGGAAGCUCGUCAGCAACAUGCAGACCGCAGGCACUGGGCUCAGAUUCUCAUUGGCUGAGCCGGGCGUCACUCAGCCCCUUCCGCCCUCAUCCUUCCAGCGCUUCCUGCGGGAACGAGCCAUCCCGGGGGUGGUGCUCGCUGACCACCAGUCUGCAUUCAACAACAGGUACUACGAGAGUCUCUAUGACAACGCCGAAUACCUGAACGUGACCUACCCCCCCGACCUGAGUCCGGAGGAGCAGUUGGAGUUCGUCACCAACACUGCCAAGGAUGUGACGGAAGUGGCCACGCUGGUCGCCCGAUCCCUCUACAUGCAGGCCGGAGGCGCACAGACUAAACUGCCCAACAUCAACGCGGACCCCAAGAUCGUCACCCAGAUGCUCUAUGGUUUCCUGGUUCAGCCCAACAACAGCUGGUUCCGGGCUCUGGUCGCCCCCGACGUCGUCCAAAAACUGGGGCCCCGCCCCCUGCAGUACUACAUCGGUGUGCAUGAUAAGAGUGACCCUAUUAAGAUGUCGACGCGGAUCAUCCAGUACAUACUUGCGAACUUUACCGGAACCGUCACCAACCUGAGCCAGAGUCAGUGCCAGAACCCAGAGAACCUGCCAGGAGAAAGCAAAGAUCUGUACAGCUAUCUCUGGGUCCAGGGCCCCGUGGCCCCUAAUAGCACACAGGGGGAGGGUUACUGCAUUCGGGCCCCCGUACGCCUAUCCAGGGCAGUUUCCCCAGCUUUUGAGCUGCAGGACUACGGCUCCAAAGAAUACUCCACGUGGACCGAGUCGCGGUGGAAGCGCAUCAGCGCACGAAUCUUCCUGGUCGCCAGUCGUGAUCUGGAGAUGCUUACCCUUGGGGUGGGGGUGGGUGUCCUGCUGGUGUCGCUCCUGGUGACGUACUUCAUCAACGCCAAAGCGGACGUGCUCUUCAGCAGCUCCAGGGAACCCUCCAGCACUGCCUAUUGAGCCAAUUAUAGGAGCACAUGGACCAACCCGGGUCUGGAUGGAUGGAUGGAUGGGCGGGCGGGCGGCUGGACAGGACCAUGAAUGAAUGAACUGAUGAGGAUGUAGAUGUGUGAGGUAUAGAUACGGCCAUAGAUGAAGACUACUACCGAACUUCUGCAGAUUGGGCUUUUUAAAAUUAAUUUAUUUUUUUGUUUUGGCAGGAUGCGAUUUGGGUCGUGGUCUUCAGCGUACAGGUGUUUAUAUUUUUUAUCAAGAAGGACAUGUUUACUUGCGCUAAGCACUAAAGCUUGAUCACGGUGUGUGUGUGAGUGUGUGUGUGAGACAGUGCAAUACAUUUUUAUGUCUGUACUACACUGAUUGGUUUUUUUCCCCCUCAUGAAAGUGGAGCAUUAAUUGCCACAAGUUACAAAUGAGAAUAAAAACUUAAUUCCUUUGUUGCAAGUAUAGGGAAACAAAAUAGAAUGAAAAUGUUAACUACUCUAAUUUGUUUCUUUUAUUUGUGUUGAAAUAUGAUGACAGAUCUUCAGUGUCUUUGAAUUGUUGAACCUGACUGUCUCAAGGAGAGGCGCUGACAUUGGGUUUCUUUAUAAUAAAAUAAACAUGGUUUUGUUUCCAA